CAUGCAUGUGUGAGGUUUAUUAAUUGACUGUACUAAAAUUACACGUCGAGUCGCCGACUGCACCCAAACAAGCCCAGUGCAGUGGCCGAUAUCAUCUAGGUCCAUGUCAAGACUCAUUCUUGACGUCAUCACGGCAGGCACGUCUGAAAUAUACGUAGGACCUUGAUUGCACGAGCCAAGUGCAGCUUCCUCUGCAAUCUUCUUUAUCUGGUGUGUCAACAGAGGUGUCGAAUCAUGGCUCCCGGGAAGGAUGAAGUAACACCCUUGCUAGGGCAUCACGGCCAUAUAUCUACAGAUGGGCACAACAGCAGGUGCUCAAUUCAGCAACGUUGUAAGACCAUGACGACCAGACGGUGGGUGUGUUACGCCAUCCUGAUAGUACUUGCCUUGGUGCUUGUUCUGUCGGGCCUGAUUGGGAUACCGUACAUGAUGUCGGCCAUUUACAAAUGGGUCAUCAAUACAAUGAUGGUACUGGAUCCCUCCUCUCCUCUCUUUGUAGAAUGGGAGACACCAAACAUACCCAUGUUUCAAUCCUUCUAUUUUUUCGACAUUCAAAACCCGGAAGAGUUUAAAGCGGGUGGAAGGCCCAAUGUUAUCGAGAGAGGACCCUAUGUAUAUAAGUUGGGAUUCGACAGACCCAACUUGACUUUCCACGAUAACGACACUCUGUCCUUUUAUCCACGAUAUUUCUAUUCAUUUGAUGAGGAGAAAUCAGCCGGGCCGGAAACAGACAGAUUUAUCACCUUGAAUAUGCCUUUAGUGACGGUAGCCUAUUUUGUGAGGAACGCUGGACCACUCGUCCAGAUCCCUGCCAAUGCCCUGAUGGAGAUGCUAGGUGAGAGACUGACUCUAAAUCUUACAGUAGAGGAGCUCCUGUGGGGUUACGAUGAGCCGCUUUUCAAACUCAUUCAGCCCAUCAUCAACAUUCCAGGCUACGACCAAGGGAAGUUUGGCUUUCUGAUGUCGUUCAAUUAUACAACAUUAAAUCUCUACACUGUAAAUACUGGGAAAGAGAAUCAGACAUUGCUGAAUGAUGUUGUCAACUUCCAGGGCUUGCCAGACCUUAGCUGGUGGGGGACACCAGAAACAAAUGAAAUAUUAGGGACAGAUGGUACUAUGUAUCACCCAUACCUGACAAGAGAAGAAAACAUGCAUCUUUUUCACCCAGAUCUUUGCAGGUCUGUGCCAUAUGUUUAUGAACAAGACACCAUCUACAAAAAAGUGCCUUUACUGAAAUUUGUCCUAGCCAAUUACACAUACUCUAAUGGGACAGACUACCCACCCAACGCAGGAUUCUGUAGCCACGAUCAGGAUCUCUGCGGACCAUCGGGAAUCAUGAGGCAAGACCCGUGCCGUUUUGGUUCUCCAUCUGCCAUAUCGAAUCCUCACUUUUUCCAAGGGGACCCAGCUUUGUAUGAAGCUGUAGGGGGCUUGAACCCCCAGGCAAAAUAUCAUCAGCAUUACAUGGAGGUAGAACCACUGAUGGGCAUGCCGUAUGUAUUGAAAAUGAGAUUACAAAUCAGCAUGAUUACAUUGCAAUUACCCAGGAUAACGGAGAUGAAAAAUGUUCGAAAUAUGGCGAUGCCAGUUUUAUGGUUUGAGCAGAGUGUAGAAGCAGACGACAGAAUAGUUGGGUACUACGAAACAGGGUUUGUCUUGACGGCGUACAUUGCCUUGAUUGUUAAGUGGAUCAUGUUUAGCAUAGGUCUCCUCAUGUGCGUGCUGACGGUCGUGUCUUGCGGAAAGCGACUUGCUCACCCUCCGGUUGGAUCAUCUGAAGAAAAGAAUGAAAAGAUCAUAAACGCAUCACCUGAGAGCAGCUGUGAUAGCGGAUCCGUGAACGUGGCAGUGACCGAGGAUGCGUAGCCAUGGCAACACGAUAUGGGGUUUACUGCAUCUGCCUGCAGAUUUCAUGGAUACUUCAUUCCUCUGAUGGAGAUCGAGAGGCAGAACUCAUGAUAGAAACUGCCAUGUUUGGAACCAAAGAGAGCUGACAACUUACUCCCUCCGCUCACUACGCAAUCCAACUGCUUUCUGAGUGUCUAGAAAUUGUGAUGACUUUAGAUAUAUGGAAAUUUAAGCUAAUAAAGUCCUCCUGACUCUGGGUUAUUAUACUAAUAUGAAUAGUAGAAUU